CCAGUUUUCAAUAAGGAAACUGAAGACAUUUUACAUCUGGAGUACCUCUGAAGACAACCAGGGACAAUUUGAAGGCGUAUACCUGACAUUGAAGAUUCAUUUCCAGGAUCUCUCAUCCACGUGUUCGCUGUGGGCAUGAAGUCAAAGAUCAGAUCCUGCAGCAGGAGAAGUGGCGACUGAAAAAAAGCUUCAGUGAAGCUCAUCUGCUUUAUCAGGAUGGGCUGCACAUGCAGUGGGGAGAAACUGAUAAAAGAUGAUCAAUUCUACAAAGGAAAGCACAUCUCAAAGGGCUCCUACAACUCGCACCACAUCGGAAGUGGAAACAUCUCCUCAGAUAACGAUGAUACGCUGUUUGUGGCGCAGCACGACUUUAAAGCCACGAAUGACAGUGAUCUACCGUUCAAGAAAGGAGACAAACUGAAAGUUUUGCAAGAAAGUGGAGAAUGGUGGCUGGCGAAAUCGCUCAUAACUGGACAGGAAGGGCUCAUCCCAUGUAAUUAUGUAGUGCGAGCAGACACACUGGAAGUGGAAAAGUGGUUUUUCAAGGAUUUGAGUCGGAGGGAGACGGAACGACUGCUUAUGGCUCCUGGAAAUAAACCAGGGGCUUUCCUGGUUCGAGAGAGCGAGACCUGCAAAGGAUCCUAUUCACUGUCGGUCAAAGAUAAUGUGUCAGAACAAGGGGACGUGGUGAAACACUACAAGAUCCGCUGUCUGGACAAAGGUGGUUACUACAUCUCCCCAUCCAAUACAUUCCCAUCGCUGCAGGAGCUGGUGAAAUACUACUGCCGCACAGCAGAUGGUUUGUGUCAGCGUUUACACGCUCCCUGCAAGCAGAAGGCCCCUCAGCACCCAUGGGCGCACGAUGAGUGGGAGAUUCCCCGAGAAACCCUGAAGAUGGUGAAGAAGCUGGGCGCAGGGCAGUUCGGAGAAGUGUGGAUGGGCUACUACAAAAACACCAAGAAAGUUGCGAUCAAGACGCUGAAGGAGGGAACGAUGGCGCCGGAGGCGUUCCUCCAGGAGGCCAACCUGAUGAAGCAGCUGCAGCACGAGCGCCUCGUCCGGCUGCACGCCGUGGUCACGAAGGAGCCCAUCCUCAUCGUCACAGAGUUCAUGGUCAAUGGUUGCCUUUUGGACUUUCUAAAAACAGACGAAGGACGAAAGCAGACGCUACGUAAGCUGAUCGACAUGUCAGCACAGAUCGCUGAAGGCAUGGCGUACAUCGAGAAGAAGAACUACAUCCACCGUGACCUGCGUGCCGCCAACAUCCUGGUCAGCGAGACUCUGCACUGCAAGAUAGCAGACUUCGGCCUGGCCAGGAUCAUCGAGUCCGAAUACACCGCCCAAGAAGGUGCUAAAUUUCCAAUUAAGUGGACGGCUCCAGAGGCCAUCAACUUCGGCACAUUCAGCAUCAAAUCAGACGUCUGGUCCUUCGGGAUCCUCCUGACAGAAGUGGUGACUUAUGGAAGAAUACCGUACCCAGGAAUGACCAACCCGGAGGUGAUCAGGAGCCUGGACCGGUCGUACAGGAUGCCGUGUCCGGACGGCUGUCCUGAGGAACUCUAUGAAAUCAUGCUGAACUGCUGGAAAGAGAAGCCCGAGGACCGGCCCACGUUUGAUUUCCUGCAGAACAUCCUCAACGACUUCUUCAUUGCUACGGAAGGACAAUAUGAGAUGCAGCCAUGAUUACACACGAAGAAGUGUUUCCUGCUGAUGAACCCAGAGACACGAAGACGAUCGGAAGAGAUGUGUCACGCCUGAAUGAAGGAAGGAGCGGUCGAACAUCUCCACCGAUGAAAUCAAUCCUCCAAUAACUGAGAAGGACAGAGCCAUUUAGGAUUUCUCCUCUCGUGCAUUAAAAUCUGAGAUUAAAAAAAAUAAAUGAGACUGAUGAUACUUCAGCUAAGAAUUUUUAAGUGGAAGCCAUCAACUUUGUUGAGACAUGUUAUAAAACCUUCCGGAAAUACAAAUACCGAUCGUGCAUGACGGUGGAAAAUCAGCACAGGUACAGUGACACACACACACACACACACACACACACACCUGUCUGCACGGUACAGAAAUGAGCAGCCUGACAAAUACAUGCACAAUAUUUAGCACUUUCUUCUUCUUUUUUAAGAUGUCAACCAUUACGCGGCAAAUAUUUAGAGAAAUAUGCUUUAAAGAAAAGAAAUCCGAAUUCAUGCUAUGCUAUUGUGAAAAAGCUACACUUUUUUGUAUUUUUUUUUAAUCAAUUUAAUUUAACUUUUUAAUGUUACAAAUACAAACGUGUUAAAAUGUUGGACAUAUACUGAGAAACUUUUCUUUUACCAUUUUUUAAACAUCACAAUAAUAAUAAUGAUAAUGAUAAUAAUAAUAAUAAUAAUAAUAAUAAUAAUAAUAACAAUAAUAAUAAUAAUAAUAAUAAUAAUAAUAAUAAUAAUAAUAAGCACUGUGAUGAAUAAGAGACCAGUUAAAAUGUUCUGUAUGUGAACAUUUAUAUGAGUUCAGAGAAAAAAGCAGGACAAAACCUAGAACUACAGAAUAAAGAGGUUUAUCUAUUCCUAUAACUCCACCGUCCCGGGGGGCCCAGACAGUGUCUUUAAGAUAAGAGAGAGGGACAGCCAGAGCAGCCAGGGUUAAAACGCACCAUUUCCUAAAUGGACAGGAAACAGGAAGUGUGAUUCAGCGUUCUUCGGAUGCCACAGGAGCCAGAAAAAAAAAAAACCCUCACAUGCUAAAUUGGUGGAUUUUUUUCACAUAUUUCUGUCUGCUGGGAAAAUGUUUGUUUAGUAUUCAAGGCUUUUGAAGGAAUUUUGAAGAAAGCCUUUCCUUUCUGUUCUGAUUAAUAAAAAAGCUUUGAUCAAAUGA